ACAAACAUCCGGAGUAAAAGGACGUUUUGCUACCUCAGGAUACAGAGGACAAUGAACAGAGUUAUCUUUCCUUUAAGGAGGACAGCAGUAAGAUGUGCCACACGGUCAAAAUUAAACUUUGGACCACAACCUCUCACAACUGCUAACAGUAGAUCAAUAUCUAUACAACCGCUCCAUUCAUCAAGCAUCUGUAAAAAUGUACGAAACAUCCAUGUCGGCUCUGUAUACAGACAUACAGUUACCGAGGGAAACACCGCUCCCGUAACAGGAAGUAGAUCAGACAGUGUCAUCGUCAGCAAUGACCGGAUUUCUUUGAAAUAUGGCGAGUUUGAUAUGGAUCUACUGUUUGUGUGGCUGCGAGAUCACUGUCGUUGUAGCGACUGCUAUAACCACGACACCAACCAAAGAAAUCUACAAGACAGGAAGUUGAAUUUUGAGGACUCGCCGUCCCGUGUUGAAUUUGACGGCCUGGUCCUAGGUAUCUCUUGGCCAGAUGGUCAUGUGACGUCGUAUGAUAUCAACUGGUUGGUGGACAACGCCUACCACAGUCAGCACACAGAUCAGGUAGACAAGGUACCGUGGGACAAAGAGACCAUCGAGAGUGCAGGACUUCCCACUGUACACUUCCACGAGUACAUGGACUCCGACGAAGGGCUUCGCAAACAUUUGCACAAUCUGGUCAAGUUUGGUUUUUCAAUUGUCACAGAGGCACCACCGGUCCACCAUAUGGGGACUCUGGAGGUUGCCACUAGAAUAUGCUUUAAACAGGAGACACAUUUUGGACCAGACUGGACAUUUACCUCAAACAACGAGAGGGGAGAUACUGCGUACAGCGACCUCUACCUCGGAGCUCAUACUGACAACACGUACUUCACCAACCCUAGUGGGAUACAGGUGUUUCAUGUUCUGGAGCAUGAGGGAGAAGGGGGUCAGACACUCCUGGUAGACGGACAACAUUGUGCAGAAAAGCUACGAUCUAAAUAUCCCGAGGACUUUGAUCUUCUGACAAAGACCGUUAUUCCACAUGAAUACUAUGAAGAGAAGCUACGCGUACGAAGUCUUGGUACUGUCCUCUCUGUCCACCCAGCUACUGGACAGUUUUUACAGAUAAG